AUGGCGAUUGCGUUCCGAAUGAUCUUUCUUGUGAUCAUGGCGGUGGCGAUGGUUACGGCUCCGAUCGAAGCGAUGAAUCCUAGAAAGCUCGAUGACACAACUCCGGCGAACACCAACCCUGUUGGAUCACCGGAUGAUGAUCAAAUGAAGUGCGGUAGUUGUCCUUGCGGUAAGACUUGUUACAGCAGUCCACCUCCACCACCGCCAUCUCCAUCACCACCACCGCCAGCACCCAAGAAGCCGUCGCCAACUCCCGGUCUGAACUGUCCACCACCACCGUCAGGCGGUGGAGGUGGAGGUGGAGGUGGAAAGGCACCGCCAGAUUACAUUUACAUCACUGGUCCACCAGGAGACCUGUAUCCGGUUGUCCAAUCCGUCUCAGAUGGUCGUCGGAGCUUCACGGUGGCGCCGUCGCUUCUGGUGUUGUCUGGAUUACUGGUGUUGGAGCCUAGUAGCAAUGGCGGGAGCUCAUACGGGAGUCGAUUGACGGAGGUAGAUAUGUUAAAGGAGAAACUAGCAAAGUAUGAGGAGGAUCGCUUGCAGUUUCUGGAUUGGCUUGAGACUGAACAGAGAAAAAAAGGAACUUUGGAGUAG